CAUGGUAACACUAUAGGUAUUCGCGUAAUCUGAGGCAGUAUUAAUCUACACAAUAUGCUUACACGCUCAUAAGCCCAUAUGGCUGUCCAGAUAAUAUCUUGUACACAGAUGUAAAAAGUCGUGAAACAUAAUUCAGUAAAACGGAUUGUCAAAAUAUUUCUUGCUACUAACAGUCAUGGAAAAUCUAACAGAAACUGAAAAGGAGAUUGUUGCAGUAACAGCAUUGUUAGAUAUCGAGAAAUCGGAAGAUAACUAUGUCGAUCGUUCAAAACUGUUUUACAAGAGUCAACUUUAUCGUCAAGCUCUUGAUGACGCAAAAAGUGCGCUUGAAAUCAAUCCAAAGUCAUCAAACGCUCUCAUAGCAGCCGGAAAAUCCGCGUUAAAACUGCAAAGUUUCAUGGAAAGUUUCGAAUUCUACAAGGAGGCUUUAGUACAAGAUCCCAAAAACUCCGAGAUUGCAGAGGACUUGCGUAACCUUCAAAAUGUAUUGUUAUCUGAUUAUGAAAGGGACAGUGAGCUUGCUGAAAGAGAGUACAACGCUGUUGAACUUUGUUCCCAAGACGUUUACCCUGGUGAUAACGAACUUUUUAAAUUGGAGGUUGAGAUUCUUUUAAAGAAGCACAAAAUUGACGCCACUAAAUAUAUUGCUCCGGCUCAGAUUGAUAUGAAGACACGUAAAGACGCAGCGUCUAUUGCAGUAAUGGCGUAUAAUUCCCGCGAAGAUGGCCGCCUACAGGAGGCGCUCGAAUGUAUCCAAGUGGCGAUACGUAAGGAUGGGACGAAUGCAAGAAUGAUACAAAUCCGUGCAGAGAUUUUCUGGGAGUUGGGAGAACAUGUUAAUGCCCUCCGUGAUCUUAUGAGCAUACCAAAACCACACAGAAUAGCCGAGGUCUGGAAACUUGGAGGUAAAAUCUUAUCGAAGCUUGAUCUGCCUGUAAUGGCAGAGUUCUGGUUUAGAAAGGCAACGGCCCUGAUCCCAGAGAAAGAACGGAAGAAGGACUUGGAGGCCCCUACUUUGUUCCAGAAAGUUCGAGUUAAAAGGAUUUAUGGACCUUUAACUGUAGACUAUCCAGUGAAGGUUGAUUUUACAGAUUACGGCAGAGCCGUUUACGCAACAGACACGCUCGAGCCAGGUGAAGAUGCAUUUGAUGAUAUUCCAGUUAUAAUUGGUCAGUUAUUACACUGUAUUGACCUCCCUGGUUGCGACCACUGUGGAAACUCUAUGAUUACUCCAAGUCAUUACUUUGGAGAUAACUGGAAAACUCUUCCAUCGCACCUUCGACCUUUCGUUGAGGAACAUUGGCCGGAUGUGACGCCAUUGUACUGUAGGUUUUGCAGACGAGAGAAGUAUUGCAGCGCCACCUGUCAAGCGGGUGCUUGGGACCGCUACCACCAAAUUCUCUGUCCAUCUGUUAACUCUGCUAGCAAUGAGUUAUACGACAUCAUUGAACACAAAGGUCAAGCAAAGAACGAGAGGGGCGUCUAUAAAGACAUUUGGGCGGGGCAGUAUAGUCCCAUAAUACUGGCUAAACUAUGGGCCUCUAUUGUAGCCGAGGCAAAACGACAAAUGAAGCAGGCUGGUCUAACUUCACCAAGUUGUGAGAACUGGGCUUAUGCCAAGAUGCCGUUUCGAAAGUUUAUUUCAUUUGGCCGCGAGUCCGCGGUAAAACGUAUGCCGGAAAUUUUCAAACUGGUUCAGAAAAUAUUCACAGACUGUGGGGAUGGUAUUUCAUACACUAUUAACGAAGCAGAGUUCGAGGCGAGAUACUUUCAAGCCACGUGCAAUCUUCAAGCCUUCAGCUCGUCUAUCACACCAAAACACAAAUUCAUGGAGAAAUUACCAAACAUACAAGACCUGCGGUCAUUACAGAUACUGAAGUUCCUUGAAGAAAAACCUCCGAUGGUUUCAUAUGCGGGAAUGUUUCCACUACAUGCAUGCCUUAACCAUGCCUGUGACAACAACGUCGAAGUUAUGGACGGAUUUGCGGAAGGUAAACCUGCUGUGCACGUGCGCGUUAAAAGAGAUAUAAAACCCGGCGAAGAGCUGUUCACAACCUACAUCGAUACAUCAAUGCCGAGAAGGUUACGACGAGCAUGGCUUUACAAAUCAUUUAACUUCUGGUGUUUAUGUAAACGAUGCCAGUUCGAGGGUGAUGAUAAUACGUCUUGCACUCAGUGCAAAAAGGUGGCUUCUGAGGGAAAGAAAUUCCCCGGAUGUAGCAAAUGCAAGAAAGCAUGGUAUUGUUCGACAAAAUGUCAGAAAACGGCUUGGGUGAAGGGUCAUAAAGAUAUUUGCAGUUUGCUUCAUUCCAGUGUGCAAGCACAAGUUUCAGAGAAAGCAAUGUAGAUCAAAUCUGCCAGAUAAACAUGGAUGAACAAGAGUUUAUAUGAGCCGUGUCACGACAAAACCAACAUAAUACAUUUGCGACCAGCAUGGAUCCAGACUAGCCUGCGCAUCCGCGCAGUCUGAUCAGGAUAUCAGUUUCUCUACUUGUAAGCGAAAAGCAUGGAUCCUGAUCAGACUGCGCGGAUGCGCAGGCUGGUCGCAAACGCAUUAUGUUGGUUUUGUCAUGACACAGCUCAUAUGAAGCGUGAAUGUAUUUAUUCCCAAUUGAGUGUAUCUUUCAUUAAUUAUUUAAUGGGCAUCAUUUGUGAUAUAUGUUUAUGACUAUCGACAUUCUAUACACAUUGAGUAGUACACUACCAAAUUAGGGUCACAUUUAAGGAAUGUUAUUGGAAAGAAUGUGUCUGUAGGACCAAUGCAAGGGCCAUUUUUUUCUUUCUGUGUAUGGUUUUCCAAGGACAGAAGUAACAGAAUGCAGAAAUAUGGGAUUUUGGCUAUUACCAGGAUUAAUAUGUACAUAACAUUAUGUACAGUAAAGUGUUCUACCUGCCCUGAACAUGAGAAUAUGUGGUAUUCAAAUAGUGACAAAAUCAUAUUUCAUCGCCUUCAUUAUUCGCAUUCCAAGGACUUUGUUUUGAAGAAAAUUAGAAUGGUUUUAAUAAAGACCAUGCCAUUAAAUAUUCAUUAUUAUCAUGAAUUUCUAUCCCCCAAAAUUCAUGUAUUUAUAAUGUUCAACAACAAAUCGUUUCCUAAACAUAGAACCAUGUAAUAGCAGUGAAUAAAAUUUCUGAUAUAAAUCAGUUAACACAUAUUGUAUCAGUAGUCAUUUUGCAUCAUGAACUUAAGCUUUAUUAAAUAAGACAAGAUUGUGUAAAAAAGUAAUUUCUUUUUAUGCUUUUUCCUCAUCUUUUACAUUUAAGAAAAACAAACUGUACUAAUAUUUCUAAGGUCAUUUAUUUUGUCAAUCAUACUUUGUUAAUGUAUUCAAUACAAACAUUUUUUACCCACA